AUGCUAACAAAACUAAUUGCUCUGUUGAAAAAAGACGCAAUUCUGGCAACUCGCAGCAUUGUUUGGACUCUGUUCGAGCUCUUGCUCCCCGUUGUCAUUCUGUUCGUUGUUACUGCGUUCAUGGGCCAAGUAAGUAGCAUUCAGGCGUCAGGAUAAAAGCAUAUCUGAUCAUUUUCAGUUCGCCGACAUUAUGAGUAAAGCGGUGAGUCGGAGCGAGAGGGGUGGAGUGACAACUAAAUUCGAAAGAUUGAAUUGAAUUCAGAUGGAUGAAAUGAAAGGCAAGACAUUGGUGUAUACAGUGGGCGCACCGAUCAUUUUCGGCCCUCCCACCGGUAUUUGUGACGGAAAGAUUAUACCUACGAGCGUUUUCCUCCGGUAGGGAGCCAGCGAAGUUCACAUUAGACAUGAUUCUAUUCCCAGAAAUGGAGACGAUGUCACUUUUGAUCUACUACAUAAAAAAAAAGAGAGCUUCACCCUUUCAAACAAAGAGAUCAAAAAGAAGUUGGGCGACUGUGAAGAAGUGUAAGGAAGUUCACUUUUCGUCGCCACUAAUCUGUCAUUUUUCAGCAUUCUCUGUGUAGACAUUUCUGGAAAAGACAUUAAGAUCAAUGUGGCAGCUAGCAUGGGCACGAUCCCGAUAGAAGAUCUUAAAUCGCCGAUGCAGACUCUGUGAGCGCAACCGUUUUCCAUAAAGAAGAACUAGUUGUUCAUGUGUAUUUUAGUAGCGACGCCUACAUGUUUUCUGGAGUUAUAAUUGAGGCGGUACUUCAAGAAACAGAUGAUAGUGACAAAGGAAAAGGAUGGUCAAAGGCGAUUCACGUGGAAGAAAUAGAUGUGAGGAAAGUUGAUGUUUCGGAGAUCGCCCUCCCCUACUUUUUCUUGAUCAUCGGAAUCAGCAUGGCCGUUACUGUCAUCAACGUCGCCCGGAACGUCGUCACGGAAAAAUCGACCGUGAAGGUCAGAAUGUCGAUAGAACUUUCGGGAAAGUUCUCGAGUUUCAGCCCUACCUAUCCGCUAUCGGACUGCCCGGUUGGAUGUUUUACACUGAACACUUCAUAGCGACUAUCCUCAAAUCAUUUAUCACUUGCAUCGGAGCAAUGUGGUACUUCAAAGGAAUUGAGGUAUCUGCUAAGGUUCAAUUACUUCCGGAUGAUCCUAUUUUCAGUACGCGAGUCUCGGUGUACUGAUGCUCGGAGCCAUAUUCUACAUGAUCGGCGCCAUCUCGUUCUCCCUUCUCAUCUCUUCCUUCUUCACAAAUGCCAAACGCGGAAUAGAAGGUUUGGUGCCUUAUUUCAGUUUUCCAUCAACAACUCAAAUAUCAGCAUCCCUAAUCGCCUGGUUCUUCCUCGUUUGCUUUCCGCUUUCCCAAGACGAGGGCGAUCUGAGCGUCCUUCAUUCGCUGAACAUCAACUACGCCUACCAUUUUUUUUUGUUGAAAGCACAACAAAACGCAUUGGCUAACAAUAAAAUGACGUUCGGAGAGUUAUUCAACAAGGAAUAUGUGGAUGGAACUGCCGCAGGAAUCUAUCUUCUCAUGGUCGUUGUGGAUGCGAUUUGGAUGUUCGCAGCCACGUUGCUUGUGGACAAAUAUGGUGAAAAAUUGGCUUCCGUCAAAGACUUGUUCAAGGUGAUUUUCAUGCCGGUGUGGGCUGUUAAGGAUUUCUGUUCUAGAGCAACGGACGUGCGAAAGGAGGCGGCCAUGAGGACCGGGACGUCAUUUUAGAGGGUUGCAUUGAGAACGAAAAGACGAGAAACCAAGCAGUGUCCGAUGUCGAACUGAAGAACGUCGUGAAGGUUUAUCCGACUGGCGAGAAAGCGGUCAACGGACUGUCCUUCCGAGCCAUUCGAGGACAAGUUUCCAUUCUUCUCGGACAGAACGGAUGUGGAAAGAGCACGACGUUCUCGAUGAUCUCCGGAGUCGCUCUUCCGACUUCCGGAUCGAUCAAAGUGGCCGGGGUGGAUGCAGUGCGACAGAAGGACAAAGCCAGAAAGUUCAUCGGAUUUUGCCCGCAAUACAACCCAUUGUACGACCGUUUGACUGUUCUGGAGCAUCUCGAAUUGGUGAAUGCAUUGAAAGAGGGACCGCCGAACAAGUUCAUGGCCGAAGCGAAACAGCUCCUGCAGGCGAUCCGACUGGCAGACAAGACGGGAACCCAUGCCUCGAAGCUGUCGGGAGGAAUGAAGAGGAAGUUGUGUGUCUGCAUGGCAAUGAUCGGAGGGAGCAAAGUGGUCCUGCUGGACGAGCCGACGGCUGGAAUGGAUCCUGGCGCCAGAAAGGACGUCCAAUUGAUGCUCGAGAAAAUCAAAGUGAACAGAACAAUCCUGCUGACCACUCAUUACAUGGACGAAGCGGAACGACUUGGGGACUGGGUGUUUGUGAUGUCGUACGGAAGGAUGGCUGCCAGCGGAUCUCUGAAUUACUUAAAGAAGAAGUUCGGAUCCGGAUACGUGCUCACCGUUGUGCUCGAUGUGAAGAGCGACAGGAAAUACUCGACGAAACUUGUGGAAAGCAUCUGUUCACACAUCGUUCCGAGAGCCCAGCUUGUAAUUUAGUUUUUUCUGGUUAUUUAAUGCGGGAGUUUUUCUAGAAAGAUCAAAGAGGACAAAUGAUCGAAAUGACUCUUCCCGAGGAAGAAAAGGCAAAGGUUCUUCCUCUCCUGAAGACAAUGGAAGAUGUUAUCCAUAAGAAGUCAAACAGCUUUGGUUUAUGAUUCACACAGAUGUUCUUGCAGGUAUACCAGCAAGAACGUGAAGAAUCUACCGGAGAAGCUGAAGGAGAAGAUCAAAAGACUUCGAGUGACGACUCUUGGACUCUCUCUGAGCUCCCUCGAAACUGUGUUCAUUCGGAUCUGCGAUGAGUGCGACAUUGCGAUUGCCCGCGAGAAGAAUCUCGAAGACAAGAGAGCUGUGGCCGAAGAAAGCUAUGAGAAGCUGAUGAAAUUGAAGAGAGGUGAAAAAACGAUGAAAACUGUUGGAAGCCGUCAGUUUCAGAAAGCCGAGUCUCUGGAUCUUCCCUGCAAUCUUCCCAGUUCACCACAUUGAUCCGCAAGAAGUACUACUACACAAUCCGUAACAUCUAUCAGUUGCUCUUCCAAUUGAUCAUUCCCGUUGCUAUUGUGGUUUUCGGAUUGCACAUGGUCACGCUGAAUAAAAGUGAAAGUGAGUGGAAUAAGAAAAUGACCAUGAGGAUAAUUGAUUUCAGUUACGAAAACUUCCGAGACCCUUGAUUUGAACAUUCUUCCAAAGUGCGUGGCUGUGAUGAUGAAAGGUGACAAAGCCGACAACUACGAUGAGAUCAAGAGACAACUCGAAGGACAUAAGAAGUUGAAAGUGAAGGAGGAACCAUUAGGGACCGACCACCAAAAACUCAUCACGAAAUAUUAUGUAAGAAGGACGGGAACAGGUGUUUACUAGUUGCUUCUCUCUCUCUCUAUUUUAGAAGGACACGCUCGGAUUCGUUGUCGAGGUGAAUGACGGCGUCGCCAAGAUCUUCUACAACAAGAGACUCGCGCGGGCUGCUCCAGUUCUGACUAUUCUCGCCACAAACUGGUUCGUCAAAGAUGGAGGGUGGUCCCUUAAACUCGAGUGGUUGAUUUCGGAUACCGAGAAAGCUUCGGUGAGGGAGAACAUGCGUUGUGAAAGUUGUCAGUAUAAUCGACCGAUUAAAGAACGAGUUCAUGUUGUUGAUAACGAUGGCGUUCUUCGUCACGCUCGCAUUCGCUCUCGUCACUGCUCCGUAUGUCCAGUUUUCUAUCGAAGAACGCGUUUGCAAGUUUUCUCAUCAGGUGCCGUCUCUCUUUCUAUUUUCUCAAACAUCCUCCAUUGCAGCAACACUUGACUGGAAUGAAUCGGAUGAUCUUCUGGUCAGCCAGCAUCGUUUGGGAUUCGCUAAUCUACAUUUUCUUCUGCGCCGCCUCCAUCAUCUGCUUCGUGGCUUUCAAAAUGUUCACUAACGUCAUCAAUCUGUAAGUCGCUUGCACAAAACAUCAUACUGAUAGUUGUUCAAUUUCAGCAUUCUCAUGAUGUACGGAAUCUUUCUGUUGGCCAUUCUCCCUAUUACCUACGUCGCUUCAUUGAUCUUCGAGUCUGCAACAAAGGCAUCCACUCUUCUGAUUCUGUACCAGAUCGUCGUUGGAGGAAUUGCUGUCACGGCUCUUAUGCUGAUGAUUUUGGCUAAAUCAAACUCGGCAGUGAUGACGGUAAACGAUCUCUAGUUCUACCAAGAUCCUGAUGUCUCUUUCAGGUGAUAUUCUACACAAUCUGCCCACCAAGUGCUUUCAUGUUUGGGUUCUUCAAAGCCUUAAUAUCGGCAGAUCUCAAGAAUCCGGACGGAAUGGCGGCACAGUUUGUGGAUUACAAAACGAUUUGGGAGUGGAAGGGAAUCAGUACGCUUGCAGUCACAUGAUCUUAACGCAAUGGUUUCUUUUUCAGUUCGUGAUAUAUUCUUUUUAUCUCUCUCCUCUAUCAUUUUCACCGUUAUUGUUUAUGCGAUGCAGAACAGGAGCACACGUGUCGCCAUCUUCGAUAUGAGACAUAAGGUCGAGAAACCGAUACCGAAGAAGCCUGUGGUGAGAAAUGACAGUGAAUACCAGACUAAUAAUCAUUGCAUAGAAAGCCUUAGCUCCUUGCAAAGCAGUCGGUUUCGAAGAACAACUGGUGCGCAGAGGGAGAGUGAAGGAAUGCACGGUCGUUGUGAAGGCAAGAUCAAGAACUCUCCGUGAUCACUCAUUUCAACGGCACCUUUCAGGAUUUGGUUCGUGUUUUCGGGAAGUUCCGAGCCGUCAACGGACUGUGCGUAACUGUACGGAACAACGAGUGCUUCGGCCUUCUGGGGACAAACGGAGCAGGCAAAACGACGACUUUCGACAUCUUGACCGGACUCAGAUUCCCCAGCGGAGGAUCUGCCACGAUUGAUGGAAAGGACGUUGUCAGACAUAAUGUGAGAUCCAAUCUCUAUUCUUUCACUUCUCGAAAUUGCUUCAGUAUGUUGGUUACUGUCCUCAAUUCGAUUCGAUUCUUCCGGAUUUGAAGUGCAUUGAGGCCCUUGAGAUUAUGGCUCAAUUGCACGGAUACACCGAACCGAAACUGGCUGUGAACUACGUUUUAAAGUGUGUCGGAAUGGUGGAGCACUGUCAGAAGCACUUCCGAAUGUGCAGUGGAGGACAGAAAAGGAAGAUUUCGGUGGGAGUUGCCAUGUUGACGAGGGCUCGGUGCAUCAUGAUGGACGAGCCGACUGCUGGAAUCGAUCCGAGAGCUCGUCGUGAGAUCUGGGAGAUUCUGGAUUGGAUGCGGGAGAAGUCCGGAAGUUCCAUCGUGCUAACUUCCCACUCGAUGGAGGAAUGCGAAGCUCUGUGCUCCAGAAUCGCCAUUCUCCGCAAAGGAGAGAUGAUUGCAUUGGGGACGAGUCAGGAUCUGAAGUCUCAAUACGGAAACACGUACACGAUGACGAUCAUGGUGAACAAGAUCAGUGACAGAGAACGAGUGUGCAGAGAGGUGCACAGGAAAAUGCCAGAAGCCGUUCUGAAGACAGCGAUGACCAAUAUCACGACGAGUCUUGUUUGGGAAUUGCCGAAAAGACAGAAGGACAAAUGGUCGAAGAAGUACGAAAAAGUACAGAAAUUGGCGAGGAAGCUGCACGUGAAGGAUUUCAUGCUAACGCAAUCGUCGCUCGAGGACACUUUCAUUAAUCUGACUGAUUGA